AUGCUUCACACCCAACAUUCAUAUCAGCUCCUACCACCAGCAUCUUGCAUACUGCUACAGUCGAAAGACGAGCCCAAAGAACCACACAAUGACUUCCUUGCAGGACAUGAUGACUUCUCCGCAGGCUUAUUUGACGUGGGUCAGGCUCUCAAUGAGCCUGAUAAUCUGGACACACAGUAUUUACACAAGCUCAUCCUUGUGAUGCGACAGGUCAAUUCCUUGAAGACAGGAGCAUCCCCAAUGCCACCUCCAAGCAAAUCGCCUGAUGACUGGACUCCAUACUGGGAUCAUGUCGAAUUCGAGACUGCCGAAUUCCUGUACAUGUGCAACCAGAUGUCUGCCGGGGACAUCAACGUCUUAUUGGAUCUUUGGGCUGCAACCCUCCUGAAACAUAACGACAAGCCGCCGUUUGUGGACUGCCAUGAUUUACAUAAAACCAUUAACAGUACACCUGGUGGGGUCCAGUACACGGGGGAGAAGCCGGAACACAAUGUACCACCGUGGAUGGACCCCCAUGAGGUCAUUCAGAACAUGUUGGCAAACCCAGACUAUGCCACGGAGAUGGACUACCAGCCCUACCGUGAGUUCUCGACUGACAGCAAUGAACGCCAAUGGCAGGACUUCAUGUCCUGCAACUGGGCCUGGAACCAAGCAGAUAUUAUUUCCAAAGAUCCAGAUACAACUGGCUCAACCUUUGUUCUGGUUAUACUCGGAAGCGAAAAGACGACAGUUUCAGUGGCAACUGGCGCCAACGAUUACUAUCCGCUUGGAGCAGCUAUGAAGGAGCAUGCCUCCUGCCCAAAAUAUCGGAAAUAUCGCCAGCAACUCUUUCAUUCGUCUAUCUCGAAGAUUCUUGCGAACCUAAGACCUGGCAUGACCAAACCAGAGGUUGUGCACUUUGGUGACGGGCACUAUCGGCAGUAUUAUGAAGAGCAGGUUCUAUUAGCAUGUAUAGUGCGCUCUUGGUGUCCAAGGUGUAUGUCACACCGCAAAAGUUUGGACUCCAAGUCGUUGUGUCGCAAUCGUGACCAUACAGAAGCACUCAUUGAAGAAGUAACAUCUACUGAUCUGUGGGACGAGUAUGGGAUCAUAAACGACCUCAUCAUAAGUCAUGCAUCUUCUCAUAGAACUGCACCAUUUACAAAUGACUUCCCUCGAGCUGAUAUUCACAAACUUAUCGCGCCGGACCUCCUACAUCAAUUGAUCAAGGGGACCUUCAAGGAUCAUUUAGUUGAGUGGGUUGGAAAAUAUCUGCACCAUGUGCACGGAAAGAAAGGAGCAGAGAAAAUCCAAGACGAUAUAGAUCGAAGAAUCGCUGCGGUUGCUUCAUUCUCAGGUCUUCGACGUUUUCCACAAGGUCGAGGAUUCAAACAAUGGACCGGCGAUGAUUCGAAAGCGCUUAUGAAGGUUUAUCUACCUGCCAUUGAAGGUCACGUCCCAACGGAUGUGGUCUGCACAUUUCGUGCAUUUCUUGAAUUCUGCUAUCUCGUAUGGCAUAAUAUCAUCAUGGAAUCCAUACUGGUUCAAAUCCAGGACGCUCUCAACCGAUUCCAUCAUUACAGGAAGAUCUUUGAGUCCAUGGGUGUCGUUCUCACAUUCUCCCUCCCUCGACAACACUCUUGUUCCCAUUACAUCCUCCUUAUCCGACAGUUUGGCGCACCCAAUGGUCUUUGUUCCUCGAUCACCAAGACAAAGCACAUUAAAGCCGUAAAGGAACCAUGGAGGUGCUCGAGUCGCUACAAAGCCCUUGGUCAAAUGCUGGUGACAAACCAGUGCCUUGAUAAACUUGCAGCCUCAUGUGUUGAUUUCAAGAGCCGCGGGAUGCUGAAUGGCACCUGUCUGUUGGAAACGCUUCGAGCAUUAAAGUGGUUGCAGUUAAAUACAGAGCCUAAUACUGACCAGCCCGACCAACCCAAUGAGAAUAGCAUUCUGCCACUCCCUGACCUCGACGUCACUAUACAGGGCGACAAUGAAGAGGGUGAAAUUAUCGAUGGCCCAACACUGGUGCAGGCCCAUGUUCAGUUGGCAAAAACACCCCAACGCACACGUGCACGAACUGUACCUGACUUAUCUGCAGAACUCACUAUCCCCCAUCUCUACAACCUCCUCCACCAAUUCCUAUUCGAACAAGUCAACCCAGAUGACCAGCGGUCUCCCUCUGAAGUCCCACUUGCAAGUUGUCCUCGAAUCGAUGGCAAAAUUCAAGUCUUCAACUCCGCGUCUUUGAUGUUCUAUGCACCUAGCGACCGCAGCAGGAUUGGUGGCAUGCGCCGGGAGCAUAUUCAUGCUUGUCCUCUUUGGAGAAACAAGGCACCGCAAUAUGACUGUGUGUUUGUGAACACAGAUGCAGGUGUCGAAGGGAUGAGGGGGAUGGACAUAGCAUGCGUGAUGUGUUUUUUCUCCUUGACGUUUGAAGCAGUUUCAUACCCAUGUGCUGUGGUGCAUUGGUUCAACAAAGCCAAUGAUGAUAGACCCGACGAGGACACUGGGAUGUGGAUAGUACAUGCCCUUAAUUUCCGGGGGACAGAGGGGAAGUCCGACGGAAUUGGAAUCAUUCACAUUGAUUAUAUUUAUCACGCCGCGCACCUCAUCCCAAUCUACGGAACACAUGCCAUCCCACAGAACCUCAAACACUAUGACUCCUAUGAUGCUUUCCGAGCAUUCUAUAUAAACAAGUUUGCAGAUCAUCAUGCAUUCAAGAUCGCAUCUUAG